AUGCUUGGAGGAAACUAUGAGGACUCAGACUCUGAGGAAAUCUACUGUUUUUCAAAAGAUGGAGGGAAGAUUGCCAACUCCAGUGAGGAAGAAGGCAACAAAGAGCCCGAGCCGGUAGCAGCUCAGCAGGAAGAGGAAGAAGAGGACGAGGAUGCAGAUGAGGAUGAAGACAAAUUGACUUCUGCGUCGAAAGCCUUUAAGGCACUUGAUGCUUUGGGGGAGGAGGCACUUGCCUUCAAAAAGUUUGCAGACAACCGUGCCAAGACCGAUCGAGUCCGCUUGCACACCAUGAGUCUGGAUCGGGUGACCUCAGCAUCUGCAGCCACCUUGCGUGGACAAGGCUGGCAUCCGGGAUCUGAAGCCAAGGAUGCAGUGAUUCCAGAGGAGGUGGCUGUGAAGAGGCCUCGAGAUGACGAGGAGGAGAGCAAAGGGAAAGGCCAGAGAAAGCUGAUGGCCAUUGAGGAGUUGGAGCAGCUGUCGGAAGGGGCACCGACCCAGUACAUCGUGGCCCAGGGCGUUUGCUUUUUGAAGCCCGGAGAGGAUCCAACAUCUCAGAAGAUUCUGAAAGCGAAGCGUCCAGUGGGGUCCAAGAUCUACACAACCGGAACCAUCUGGAAAGGUCCUCAAGGAGGUGUUUGGGCCGAGGUCGAUAUUGGCAAAUCUCCAGGUGAGAUGGGCUGGGCAUUGGUUGAGGGUCCUGGAUUUGGAUUGCGUGGCCCUUCCCUGAUUGAUCCGGAGGCCAAUGAUGGAGCUUCACAGAUGAUUCACAUCAGGUGGCUGAAGGAUCCGCCCAUUUUCAAUUGUUUGAUGCCAAAGACCGCAACCGUGGGCGACUUGGUUGACACCUUCUGUGCCAGAACAGGGCUGAAUCGCAAGGAAACUAUCCUCACCAAGGGCUUGCCAAAUAAAGCACCAAAUGGCUCUGGGGCGCUCUUGCCUGUGGACUACACUGAUCCCAAGGACGUUCUCUUUCGGGAGAUGACCAUUGAGGAGGCUAAGAUCCGAGAUACUUUGAACUUGGUCUAUGUGGGUCAUUUUGACGAGGACUACAACCCCAGCUGA